UGAUUUAUUCUGGUAAAUUGUUGUGAAACACUUACUCAACAGAGACCAGCUUUGUCAACUCUGUGCCUAUCACUCCAGAACUGCUUAAAAGUGACUGUGGAGCAUUAAGACCUCCUGAGGACUGCCAGAGACACAUUGUUCCUCAUUUUCAACACUCCUACAAGAUGUCAGGCAGGAUAAUGCUGCUGUACAUAGCUCUGGUUAUAGGAAUUACUGGUGAGGUCACUGCAUCGGCCGGUGAUAAAUUACGUUGGUGCACUACUAGUGAGAAAGAACAGACUAAGUGCAAUGAGUGGACAUCAGUCAGCUGUGUCCAGGCUGACUCCAUGGAAGACUGCAUUCAGAAAGUCGCGUUGGCUGAAGCUGAUGCUGUUGUUCUGCACAGUGCAAGAAUGCUUGUUGCAGAAAAGUGUGGUCUGGUCCCAGUCAUGACUGAAUAUUAUAACAAAGGGAAUCUUGAACCUUGCAGGAGCUCAGCACCAUACACAGAGCCAUUUAUGUAUAUAGUGGCUGUUGUGAAGGAUCAAACUUUGACCUGGGACACCCUGAAAGGCAAGAAAUCAUGCAUCACAGCUCUUAACCGAACUGGUUGGAUUAUUCCAAUGGGGUGGUUGAUUGCCCAGGACAAAAUCAAAAACUGCAGCCUUUACAACUCCACAUAUUUCAGUGAAAGCUGUGUGCCUGGGGCAGAUCCCGAGAGCAACCUAUGCUCCCUUUGUGCUGGCCAAGAGCACUCCUCACCACCUGGAAUGGACAAGUGUGUCUUUAACUUCAAUGAGCGAUACUUUGGCUACCCUGGUGCUUUUAGAUGCCUGGUGGAAAAGGGCGAUGUUACUUUCCUCGUUCAUACAACUGUCUUUGAGAACACUGAUGGUAAUUCACAAGAGGAGUGGGCUACGGGUCUCAGGUCCAGUGAUUUUAAGCUGCUGUGCUUAAAUGGCACUCAGGCUCCAGUAACAGAUUAUAAGACGUGCCACUUGGCUCAAGUACCAGCUCGAGCAGUUGCAUCCCGUGCUGAGUCAAGGCGUCAAGUCCUGCAGUUUUUAAAGGACCAGCAACUCAAACACGGCCAUGGGGGAUCUGAGGAGGACCAGUUUGCAAUGUUCAGUUCGACCAAGUUUCAUGGCAAGGGUCUUCUGUUUUUGGAUAUGACUCAGUGUCUGAUUGAAGUGCCCACCGCAAGUUUCUCUCAAUUACUGCGUGAGUGGUAUGUCACAGCAACAGAAGGACUCUACAGCUGUGAACCUCCUGUUUCCCCUGAAAUCUAUCGCCUUGGUCGUUGCCAACAUUGAGUUGGUUAUGGUUUCCCCAGUGAUCACUCAGCAAUUCGCUGUGUCUUUGUUCUUCCCUCCGUCUGGGUCAAUAUCAGCCUGAGCGUAGCAAUAUCCUCUCUGUGUCCGCCUCACUGCUUGUAUGUACUGCACUUAUGAUCAAUAAACUUGGGAUAACAAGGUGUAGAGCUGGAUGAACACAGCAGGCCAAGCAGCAUCAGAGGAGCAGGAAGGCUGACGUUUCGGGCCUAGAGCCUUCUUCAGAAAAUCAGUAAACUUGGAACUGAAUCUGAUUUCCUCCUGUCACUAAAUAAACUAUCGCUGUCAGUAAUUACAAUUCACUCAUUGAGUAAUUGUGAAGUUCAGCAACUGUAGGAAGCUGCACAGCUGGUAAUUUCAGAUGAAAGGUGGAUGUGGUUGAUUCAGAUCAUCCUGCAUUCAAAUCCAGCCCAAACAGAUAAGUGAAAUUUCCUCCCUAGCUGCCUCUGCCUAUAAACAUUACUCCCUCCUCUAAAACUCAGCUGAAAUCUGAUCUCUCGACCAAAUCACAGCGAUUUCGACUCAGUCAGAUUCCUGCACUUUUACACAGUUUCGAUUAAGAACCAGCAAAGACGCCUCUCACAUGUGGCCAUGCCCUCAUGUCAAGAUGUGGAUACUGUUAAAGAUUUUUUGAUAAAAAAUCAACAAAUCCACUUUCAGAUUGAGGGGAGGCAUGAUGUGGAGUAAGUGAUUUAUCUACUGUCUGAAUGCAGCUCUCUAAUUUACAUAUUUUAAUGUGAUUGAGAGAUUCAGAUUUGAGCUGGUUGUCUUUAAUCAAGGGACCAUAUCACUUCCUCCAGAGUGUUGUAGCUAUUCGGAACAUUGUGUGGUGGCAGGCCAUCUGCAGUUUGGAUCAUCCCACUGGUCGUGGCCUGAGGCCCUGUUCUGAAAUUCAGUCAUGGGCCAACAUUUAUUUCCCAUCCCUGGGUGCCCCAGACGAGAUGAUGGUGAGCUGUCUUCUUGAACCGGGGCAAUCUAUUUGCUUGGCCCACAACAUUAUUGAGGAGAAGUUCUAGGACUUUGACCUAGCAACACUGAAAGAACAGUGAUAUAUUUCCAAGUCAGGAUGGUGAGUGGCUGGGAUGUAAACUUACAGGGGGUGGUGUUCCCAUGUAUCUGCAGCUCUUGUCCUUCCUAAUGGAAGUGUUCGUGGGUUUGGAAGGUGCAGUCUAAGGAUGCUUGGUGAAUUUCUGUAGUGCGGCUUAUAGAUAAUACACACUGCUGCAUAUUGCUGGGAAGACUGGAUGUUUGUGAAUGUAGUGCCAAUAAAGCGGGCUGCUUUGCCAUGGGUGGUGUCAAACUUCUUGAGUGUUGUUGGAGCCAAAUACAUCCAGGCAAGUGUGGAGUCUUCCAUCACACUCCUGACUUGUGCCCAAUCUUCCGUUUAAGCUACAUGGGUGCGAGGGUCUGCCCAUGGCGAUGCCAUUGCCAUUCGCAGCAUUCACCUACAAUUCCAGAAGUUGCUGCCAUGCACAGACCUUGGAUUUCUGCACAGAAAAAAAAGAGUGGAAACAUUGCUUGUUCCUUGCAGAUGGUCGACAAAUACUAGAGAGUCAGGAAGUGAGGUACUCACUGCAGUAUUCCUAGCCUCUGACCUGCUCUUGUAGUCACAGUGUUUAUAUGGAGAGUCUAGAUCAGUUUCUGGUCAAUGAUAACCCAAUGGUUGAUAGUGGGGCAUUUAGCGAUGGUAACACCAUUGAAUGUCAAGUCGCGGUGGUUAGAUUGUCUCUUAUAGGAGAUGGUCAUUGUCUGGCAUUUGUGUGCUGUGGAUAUUACCUGCCACUUCUGGGUGUCAGGCCGGUCAUUAUCCAGAUUUUGCUGCAUUUGACCAUAGACUGCUUCCAUGGACAUGGGCUCUUCUUAAGGGUCACAAAUGGUGCUGAACAUUAUGUAAUCAUUGGCGAACAUUCCCACUUCUGUCCUUAUGAUGGACAGAGGAUCAUUGAUGAAGUAGCAGAAGAUGUUUGGGCCAAGGACACUAUCCUGAGUAAGUUCUCCAGAGAUGCCCUGGGCUGAAGUGAAUGAUGCUUAAUAACCACAGCCAGCUUCCUAUGUGCCAGUUGUGAUUCCAACUAGCAGAGAGUUUGCCAUCUGAUGCCUAUUGAUACCAGUUUUGCUAGGGCUCCUUAAUGCCACACUCGUUCGAAUGCGGCCUUGAUAUCAAGGGCUGUGACUCUCACCUCACCUCUGGAAUUCAGUUCUUUUGUCCAUGUUUGAACCAAGGCUGUAAUGAGAUCAGGAGCUGAGUGGCCCUGGCAGAACCCAAACUGGGUGUCACUGAGCAGGUUAUUGCUGAGCAGGUGCUGCUUGUUGAUGACACAUUUUAUCACUUUACUAAUGGGGUGGUAAUUGGCCGGGGUGGAUUUGUCCUGCUUUUUGUGCACAAGACACACCUGGGAACCAUUUCACAAUGUUUGGUAGAUGCCAAUGUUGUAACUACACUGGCACAGUUUAAGUAAACUUUAAUUUGCUGCUUAAGGGCCUCAUACUGUAGGAUGGGCAGGUCGAUCCUAAAGACCUUCCCACUCUGAACGUACUUCAGGCAGUCACAGGAAAAUGGCAGAGUUUGGAUAUGCCAUACACCCAGCACACUAAAUGCCCUUCCUGCCUCCAAACUUGCCACCUCUGAAUGCAGAAGAUUGUGCCUUUGAUGUUGUCUAUAUCUAUUUAUACACAUAUGCCUUUGUUACUGUAGAGUAAUAAUCACACUGUAGCUACAAGGAAGUAUAAAUGCUGAUAUGAAUAGGAAAGAAGAUUGUUGUACUCAGGCCAGAGACAACUAGUGCAGAGCUCAGCUACCUCUAGCCUGAUCUGGAACCCAGUUUUUGUGAACUUUAACCAUGAUUGAAGAGUAUAGUGAGUUUUAUUUCGAAUAGAAGAAAACAAAAGCUUUUCAACAACUAGUACAGAAAGAAAAUUGACUGAAAUUCACUUUUGACGAUAAAUGUUCACGAAUGCUUUGAUCCAUUACAUUAAUAAAAUGCCGCCGUUCCCUUUGCUUUAACUUUAUCCUGGUCUCAAUGUUAGAAAAAGGGUAUAGUGUGGAUGGGGAGAAAAGAAAUACUUGCAAGAUUAAUAGCAAAACUGAAAAAGUAUAACUAUCAGGAAAGACUGAAUUAUGGAGUUCUUAGGAAAAGAGAAGGCUGAGGUAUUGAGAAGAUAGAUGCCUUGAAAAUUAUGGAAGGGUUUGAUUGAAUAAUCACAGAGAAAAUAUUAACUUGAAGGAAUUUCAAAACCAUGUGCAGUGAAUAUAGUAUAGGCAGCAAUAAACACCAUAAAAUAAUUAAGGAGAAACCUCUUUACGCUGUAGGUGAUUUUGUUAACAGCUCUUCCUACCUGUCCCUGCCCUCUUAAUGACUCAUGCACAUGCACACUCAGGCCUCUCUGCUCCUCCACACCGUUUAGAAUUGUCCCCCUUAUUUUAAUAGUAUCUCUCCGUAUUCUCUGUCCCAAAAUGCAUGAUAUCACACUUCGCUUCAUCUGCCACUUAUCUGCUGCCUGCACCAACUUGUCAACAUCUUUUUGAAGUUCUACACUGCUCACCUCAGAGUUUCCAAUGCUCCCAAGUAUCGUUUGCCUGAAAAUAUUGAAAUUGUCCACUGCAUAACAAGAAUGUAGAUCACACUUAGACAGCAGGGAAAGCAAGGGUCCUGAUACUGACUCCUGGGAUAUUCCACCACAAAACUUCCUCUGGUCCAAUAAGUACCCAAAACCAUUAUACUCCGUUUUCUAUCCUCAGCCAAUUUUAUAUCCAUGUUGCUACUGUCCUUUUUGUUCCAUGGCUUGUCACUUACCUUCCAAGGCUUUUGGUGGCACUAUAUUGAAAGCCUUUUGGAAGUACAUGUACGCUACAUAAACAGCAUUGCCUUCAGCAAUGGUGUCUGCUAUCUCUUCAAAAACUCCAGCAAGUUAACUUGACAUCAUUCACCUGAACGCAAUCUAAGAAUGCUUAGUUCUGAUGAAGAGUCACUGGACUCAAAACAUUAACUCUGCUUUCUUCCCACAGAUGUUGCUGGACCUGCAGACCUUCUCCAGCAAUUUCUGUUUUUGUCUAAGAAUGCUUGCCCCACAUUGAACUUUACACUGACAUUAUUAUUGUCUGUAUUCAGAUGAUUAAUGUCUCCCAAUGCAGCUACUGCAUGAGGUCUGGGCCUCUCUGUAAGUUCUUUGCAGAUUUGUUCCUCUCUGUCUUUCCUACUAGUUGGUGAUCUACAGAUUGCAUUGAGCAAUGUAAUUGCACACUUUUUGUUCCAUGUUCUAGCCAAUCGAUUCUUUCGUUGAACCCUUUUGGACAUCCACUUUCUCCAUCACUACAGAGCUAUCUUUAACCAAAACUGACUCAUCUUCCUUUCAUUCCUCUUUCCUGCUUUUUAUGAACACCUUGCAGCUACUUUACAGUACAUUUUAUGUAGUGUCUAUAUAAAUGAAGCAUAAUCUCCUUACUUUUGUUCUUAAUUCCCCUUGUAUUGAAUGAUAACAUUUCUGCACCUGCAUUACAGCCUUUUGCGAUUCAUGCACUAGAACACCCAAAUCUCUCUGCAUCUCAGAGGUUCUGAAAUCUCUCACCAUUUAGAUAAUAUGCUUCCUUUUUAUUCUUUCUGUUAAAAUAAACAGUUUCAAAUUUUGUUCUCUUCCUUACCUAUCUUUUGUGUCAUCAGCAAAUUUGUUGUUUGUCCUUUCAUCCAAGUCAGUUAUGUAAAUUGUAAACAGUUGAGGUCUCAGCUUUGAUCCCUGUGGCACACUACUCAUAACAACUUGCCAACCAGAAAAUAAGACUCGUUUAUGCCUACUCUCUGCUUUCUAUUAGCCAGACAGUCUUUCAUCUGUACCAACAUGCUAUCCCCUAAAUCAGGAACUUUUAGUUUUUGCAAAAAUGUGAUACCCCAUCAAAUGCUUUCUGAAAAUCUAAGUACAGCAAUCUACUGGCUCACUUUAAUGCAAAGCACAAAUGACUUCUUCUAAAAUUUCAACAGGUUGUUUAAAUAUGAUUUACCCUGUACACAACCAUGUUGACUUUGUCUUGAAUCACCUUGAACCACCCUGAACUUAUUUAAGUGCUCUGCUAUAACUUCUUUAAUAAUAGCUUCUAACUAUUUUCUCUCUGACAGAUGUUAAGCUAACUGGCCUAUUGUUUCCUGCUUUCUUUCACACCGAAACCUUCCGCCACCAUCACAUUUUUUGAAUAAAGGAAUUACAUUCGCUAUCUCCCAAUUAAGCUAAUUUAGGGAACUUUGGAAAAUUAAAACCAAUAAAUCAGCUGUCUGUCUUCCCACCUAUUUUUAAGACCCUAGGAUUAUAUCCAACAGGACCUGGGCACUUGUGUCAGCCCACAGUUCCAACAAUUUCCUCAGAACAAGGCUGCCCCUCCUCUGGUGAUUUUCCUGCAUUGUUUCCUUUAUAACAUUUUCUGAUUUUUCACGCUUCUGGAAUGUUACUUGUACCCUCUUAUAAUAUUUGUAGAAACUCUUCCUGUCUGUUGUUAUAUUUCUGGCUAGCUUUCUCUUGUACUCUAAUUCUCCCCUCAUUAAUUUUUUAAUCAUUCUUUACUUUUUUUUAAAAUCCUGUACAAUCUUUUGACCUCAGACAUAAUUUUGUGCAGUCGUAUGCUUUUAUUUUUAGGGUGUCCAUAUCGGUCCAUUUGUGUGAUGGUGUGGUUAGUUUUUGUGUCAACGUAAGUCAGUUUUGUGAUAGUGUCAGAUAAUGUGGAUGUUAGUGAUGGUCAGUUUGGGUUGUGUUGCCAAUCAAUUCAGAAGAUGGUAUUGAUAAGCUUGGGUAUCAAUGUCAGUCAGUUGGUGUGAUGGCAUUGGUCAGCUCGGGUGGUGGUGCCAGUCCUUUUAGGUGUCAGCGUUGGUCGACCUCUCCAGGCAUAUAUAGCCUAUUCGCAGAAAGAGUUAACAGCAGAACCCAUGAGAGUUGUUGCAAGUUCAGAGUUGGCCACUGGAUGGUGCCAUACACCCAUGCAUUCUAGUGGAAUUUCCAACCAUGGGAUCAUUCAUUUUUAGUGAUGAGAGAAUUGUUGAAUUACUGAGAUCCAAGUCACUCAACAGCACCACAUUUUAGUGCUUCAGCGUUUAAUCUCUUCAAGGUUAUUUACCAAAGCUCACCUUUUUAAAGGGCCAAUCGUGACAGACAAUGGCAAACGCACCCACAGUUGUGAUUGAGUAACAACUAAAAAGAACGAGAGUCAGAGGGUAAAAAACAGGGAUACAGAAACACACACAGGGGGAGGUGGUGACAACUAAGUGUAGAAACAGAAAUACUAUUGACCAUGUGAGGUUACCUUCAUGACUUACAGUAAUAGCAUUCUAAUUUCACAGGUCGGUGCAACAUCAAGGGCCGAAGGGCCUGUACUGCGCUGUAAUGUUCUAUGUUCUAUGUGCAUCAUUCUGUCCAUAAAUAAAUUUACUCAACUUCAUGGCUCUGUUAUCUAGCACCACUGCAAUGCCAUCGACGCUCAAAUUAAAAACAAAUUUCCAGCAAUUUAAUUAAAGCAAAUAACUGAUUCAGA